UGGAUAAUAAUUACAUUCCUUCUUUUCGUGUGUUCCACUGUACAUAUAUCUACAUAUUUGUAAAUGAAUUACCACCUAAACUUCGCGUUCAGUGCAAGUCUUGGCAUAUGAUGGCAUUAACGAAGCGAAUAAAAUGUUUUAAAUAUUUAGUUUACAGCUACGUCGUGCUCUUAAUGGUAACUGGUGCUGCCCAAAUCCUGGUUGGUACAAUUCUGUUAUGGGGUCAUUCUGGUUAUUACGGCAUUGUCCAAAAUAGACUAUGGGCGCCAGCUGCAAUACUUUUGUGUUUAGGACCAAUUACAUUUCUUCUUUGCUGGAUGGGAUGCCAAGCCACAAACCAAAGGAAGCGAUGUUUAUUGGGAACGUUCAUAGCAGCGCUCGUGGGAUGCAUUUGCUUUCAAUUCUUCAUAUGUGGCUGGUCGUUGGCAAUGCGUGAAAGCCUUCCAACUUCUGUAGAAAUUUUCAUAGAUGAUUCGUUUGUUGAAUUCCUUGAUAAAUUUUCUAGGACAAAGGUUGACAAUUUGCAUUUAUGGAACCGUAUGCAAUCGCAGCUCCAGUGCUGUGGCGUAGAUGGUCCCCUGGAUUAUCGUCGGCUCUCCCUUCCUUGGUCUUGCUGCUCACGACCAGAACAUGCUUAUGAGUCCGCAUGUGACACUCAUUAUAAACGAGGUUGUUUAUCCGUUGUAUCUGAGCAAAUUAGAAACCGACUACUACUAACGUCUUUAGGCUCAGCAACAAUCGCUGUUUUACAGAGUUUGGGCGUAUUUUGUGCAGUUCAUUUAGCAAUUUUAUUUGGAAAAAGUGAAAAUAAUCAUAAUAUUAAUAAUUUAAGCAAAAAACGCCAACAACAGUUUCUUCCUUUAUCGAUUCAAGAUAAACGUCAUGAUAUGCCCUCUCCUCUUAGUCUUUCACCUUCAGCUCCUGGUCAUCGGAUUAUUAAAACUUCAAAGCCACCAACUAUGCCGAAAUGACAGACAAUUAGUUUUUAAAAUGGACAAAUAAUUUAAUUCUUUACAUAUUGUAAAAUGAGAUGGAAUGUAGAUAAUUGUGACCCUCAAACUUUUUAUUUAGUUUC